AUGCCUUUUAAAGCAUUUGAUACCUUCAAAGAAAAAUUUCUGAAACCUGGAAAGGAAGGAGUGAAGAAUGCUGUGGGGGAUUCGUUGGGGAUUUUACAAAGGAAAAUCGAUGGGACUAGUGAGGAAGAAGGUAACAUUGAGCUGAAUGAAGAAGGAAGGCCGGUGCAGACAUCCAGGCAGAGCUCCCCACUCUGUGACUGCCACUGCUGUGGCCUCCCCAAGCGCUACAUCAUUGCCAUCAUGAGCGGGCUGGGAUUCUGCAUUUCCUUUGGGAUUCGGUGCAACCUUGGAGUUGCCAUUGUGGAAAUGGUCAACAACAACACUAUAUACGUUGAUGGAAAACUGGAAAUUCAGACAGCACAAUUUAACUGGGAUCCAGAGACGGUGGGCCUUAUCCAUGGAUCUUUUUUCUGGGGUUAUAUUGUGACACAAAUUCCAGGUGGUUUCAUUUCAAAUAAGUUUGCUGCUAACAGGGUCUUUGGAGCUGCCAUCUUCUUAACAUCGACCUUGAACAUGUUCAUUCCAUCUGCAGCCAGAGUACAUUACGGAUGUGUCAUGUGUGUCAGAAUUUUGCAAGGUCUAGUAGAGGGUGUGACCUACCCAGCCUGCCAUGGGAUGUGGAGUAAGUGGGCACCGCCUUUGGAGAGAAGCCGACUGGCCACAACUUCUUUUUGCGGUUCCUACGCGGGGGCAGUGAUUGCCAUGCCGCUGGCCGGCGUGUUGGUACAGUACAUGGGAUGGGCCUCUGUCUUUUAUAUUUAUGGUAUAUUUGGGAUUAUCUGGUACAUAUUUUGGCUGUUGCAGGCCUAUGAGUGUCCAGCAGUUCACCCAACAAUAUCCCAUGAGGAAAGGACCUAUAUAGAGACAAGUAUAGGAGAAGGAGCCAACUUGGUUAGUCUCAGUAAAUUUAAUACACCAUGGAAAAAAUUUUUUACAUCGUUGCCGGUUUACGCAAUCAUUGUGGCAAAUUUUUGCAGAAGCUGGACCUUUUACUUGCUGUUAAUAAGUCAGCCUGCUUAUUUUGAAGAGGUCUUUGGAUUUGCAAUAAGUAAGGUGGGUCUCUUGUCAGCACUUCCACACAUGGUUAUGACAAUCAUUGUGCCUAUUGGAGGACAACUGGCUGAUUAUUUAAGAAGCAGAAAAAUUUUGACCACAACUGCUGUCAGAAAAAUCAUGAACUGUGGAGGUUUUGGCAUGGAGGCAACCUUACUCCUUGUGGUUGGCUUUUCCCAUACCAAAGGGGUGGCUAUCUCCUUUCUGGUGCUUGCCGUAGGAUUUAGUGGUUUUGCUAUUUCAGGUUUUAAUGUCAACCACUUGGACAUUGCCCCCCGCUAUGCCAGCAUUCUCAUGGGGAUCUCAAACGGAGUGGGAACCCUCUCUGGAAUGAUCUGUCCCCUCAUUGUGGGUGCGAUGACCAAGCACAAGACCCGUGAGGAAUGGCAGAAUGUGUUCCUCAUAGCUGCCCUGGUGCACUACAGUGGCGUGAUCUUCUAUGGGGUCUUUGCUUCUGGGGAGAAACAGGAGUGGGCUGACCCUGAGAACCUUUCUGAGGAGAAGUGCGGAAUCAUUGACAGCGAUGAAUUAGCCGAGGAGAUAGAACUCAAUCAUGAGAGUUUCACAAGUCCCAAAAAGAAGAUGUCGUAUGGAGCCACCACCCAGAAUUGUGAAGCCCAGAGGAAGGAAUGGAGCGGACAGAGAGGAGUGACUCUUGGUGAGGAAGAGCCGGCAUCCUACCAGAAUGAAGACGGAAACUUCUCAGAUACAUCCUAA